AUCAAAAAAACAGAAGGCCCCUCGCUUUGUAUUUAAAGGAAAUCAUUUCAAAAGAGGAGAGUAGAGGUAAUAAAUGCCAUCUCCAUCCAUUUUCUCAAGUGUGCUCUUAGAGAUCACCGUCGCCAUGAAAGUCCCUUCUUAAGACCGAAAAAUCAACGAAAUUUACUACAAGUCACGCAGGUGUAAAGAAUCCGAGAUCUAACUCUCGCAGAUGGCCAUAAAUAACCUAGCUGAUGUAUGUUGAAACUGCCAUGCAAUAAAGAAAUGCUGCGUAACACAGACCCUACGGAGACGGCUUUGGAACAAAUUAAUCAGUUCCUUCAAGAGACUACUGCGCAUGGCUUUGGGCAACUAGGCGCGACCGCUGGCUCAAAAUGGCGAAUCUACUGGGUGAUGUUUUGUCUUGCGGCUUACUGCGUGUUUGCGUGGCAAUUGGUGGGCCUUGUCAAUCAAUACAACAGCAAACCAAUCAAGACAAGAACACAGCUGAAACAUGCCCAGAAACUCGAUUUUCCGGUAGUGACCAUAUGCAACAUGAACGUACUGCGAGCGAGCCGGUUGCCUCCCAAACUACGGACAAAAUUCGACGAAAUCAUCAACAUUACAAAAAAAACAAGUUCAAGAAAGUCCAGCAAUUCAAGAAAUGCGUUUGUUGAUCCCCAAGAUCUUUCCUUCGAAGAAACGAAAAAGAUUGAAAUUUUACACGCCGUGACGACUCACGAUAACUACAGGGAACUCGUGUCCGCUGCACAUCAACUUGAGGACAUACUUCUCUCGUGUAAUUUCAAUGGUGUAAAUUGCAGAAAUUCCAACGACCCAACUAUACCUACAUCUUGGACACAAAUCUGGAACGAUAAUUUUGGAAACUGUUACAUGUUUAACUCUGCUCAAACACACAAUGGCGAAAAGGUUGAUCCGUAUUCGUCAUCCAUACCAGGAGAGUCGAAUGGGUUGACUUUGCAACUGAACAUCGAACAAAACGAGUAUUUGGAAGGAAUUACUGAGGUUGCUGGGAUAAAGGUGUCCAUCAGUGACCAAGGGGUCUUACCCUUCCCCGGACAACAGGGCAUUAGAAUCAUGCCCGGUCAAUCUACGGAAAUACAAAUGACAAAGUUACAGACAAGGCGUAUCGACCCAUUCAAGAAUAGGAGCUGCGAAAACAGUAACGAAAUGUCUGACAAGAACUUGUUUUUCGGCUACAACAUGAGAUAUUCAAAAAUGGCGUGCAAGUACUCCUGUCUGAACGCGAAAACAAUUGAGAGGUGUGGCUGUACAAAUUACAACACCCCUGAGUUGCAGAAACGGAAUAUCUCCUUAUGCAACAGGCUAAAUAACGCAAUAAUUGAUUGUCUGAACAAAGCUUACGACACAUUCGAAGACGGCUCCUGUGAUCGGGAGUGCCCACCAUCCUGUUCGGAAGUAUCUUUUGACUUGACCAUAUCAUCCGCGAAAUGGCCAGCGAAGUCAUACGAGAAAACAGUGUUAAAGACCCUACAGACGGAAUACGGUAUCAACAUGACAAAGGAAGAAAUGUUUGACAACAUUGCACAAGUCCAUGUGUACUACGGGGAGCUUGACUACUUACUAGUUCAGGAGACGUUAGCAUACACGUUCAUGAGCCUGCUAUCGGAUAUCGGGGGUCAGAUGGGGAUGUGGAUUGGAAUCUCGGCUUUAACAUGCGCAGAGCUGAUCGAACUCGUCUGUGUCAUCCUGGCGAACAUGAGUAACAGAUCUAAGAAAAUAGUACACAUUAAUAGUAAUAUAGGGUGUUUUCGACCUGAAAAGUUGGGAGGAGUCGAGACAAUAGAAAAAGUAGGAGGAGUGAAAACAAUAGAACAGGAGGUGCAAGGAGGAGUAGGAAUAAUAGAACAGGAGGUGCAAGGAGCAGUAGGAACAAUAGAACAGGAGGUGCAAGGAGGAGUAGGAACAAUAGAACAGGAGAUGCAAGAAAGAGUAGGAACAAUAGAACAAUAGAACAGGAGGUGCAAGGAGGAGUAUGAACAAUAGAACGGGAGGUGAAAGGAGGAGUGAGAACAAUGGAACAGGAGGUGCAAGGAGGAUUGAUGAACAAUAGAAAAAAAGAAUGGGAGGUGCAAGUUAAAUCUAGUCUCAUAAUGACGGUUAUGUCGCAUAAGCGUCAAUAUGAGGCUUUGUUUUCGAUAACACCGAAAAUUAUUGUUUACGAAAGGAUUAAUACAUAGAUUUAGGCACUGCCAAAAAGCGGAGCUCCAAACGACAAAAUCUUUUCUUAUUUUCGCUUAAUAAUUAAAAAAAAUAUUAAACAUUAUUAUUAUUUCUGUUUUUGACGAAGUCAACGAUUUCACGCGACAAACUUGUUAUACCCCCUUCUCCAACAUCUACAUGACACAUAACAAAUUUAGUUGUCAUACGAUGUUUCGGCGAUGAUGUCACAUGAAUGACGUCGCGUGACCAUCUCACUGCACCCCACUUGAAACAUUCAUCACACCUACCGAGUUUUGUUGUCACACGAUGUUUCUUCAAUGAAAAAUAAAUAUAUUUUUUAUUAGAUGACGUCGGCAUAUUUUUGCUUCUUGUUACGCCAUUGAUGACGUCACAAUCACGUGACCAUAUUGGUGCACCUGUUGACACCUUUAUGACACAUACCAAGAUUGGUUGUCAUGAUGUUUUGUUUAUGAGAUAUGGUUAUUUUUGUUCUUAAUAAAAUCGGAAUAGUUUUGCUUUUAGUGACGUCCUCGAUGACGUCACAAAUCAGCUAACCAUAUUUUUGCACCCCCCGUGACACAAACAUGACACCUGCCGAGUUUGGUUGUGAAAUGUUUUUUUCAAGAGAUAUGGAUGUUUUUGCUUUUAAUCACGGUUUUUGCUUGAAGUGACGUCAUCGAUGACGUCAUACAACAAGUUGCCAUAUUGUUGCAUCCCCCUUGACACCUUCAUAAAACCUGCCAAGUUUGGUUGCCAUAUGAUGUUUCCUUCGUGAAAUAUAAAUAUUUUUUUAUUUUGAUGACGUUAGCAAAUUUUUUCUUCCAUUGACGUCAACGAUGACGUCACCAGUCUCACAUGACCGUAGUUUUGCACUUCCCUUGACACAUACAUGACAACUGCCAAGUUUGGUUGUCAUACGAUGCUUUUAAAGGACGAACGGACAUCGCGUCACGAAAACUCGAGUCGGUGGGUUACCAAUAUGUGUUACCAUAUUUGUUUUAUAUACCACUUUUUCUUAUAUUAGGUAUGGAGCUUCGCUAUCAUUAGUUUCAAUAACAAUAGACGCGUGGAACAUUUUGAGGUUAUUAAGCAUAUCACAUAUACCCAGGCAAGAAAAAGUAUAUCACAUCCUAAAAAAUGUCUUCAUAAAAAAAAGAAAAAAAAGUAAACUUAUAUUUACUAUUCUAAUACGACCCUAUAGGGUAUACGCUAUUUAAAUGGGCUAUAGGUAGCUCUAAGUAGGCAGGCCCUAAUACCACAGUCAAUAAAUCGCUUGGAUGAUCACUUGGAUGAUACGUGUUGCGGGUAGUAUAUUUAUCUUACAGCAUGCUUACAUUUUGCGUAAGAGGGAUCGACAAAAAAGCGGAGAUACACCAUGUUUAGUAUGAUUUUUUUUUUUAAUCCAAAUUGGGUAGAAUAGAGACUACAAAAAAAAAAUCCCUCUGUGCUUUGUUUUGCUAAACGCGAGCUAUGAACCCAUUCUAUUCUAAAACCACCCUGAAACUCGGGGACAGUGGAAUGUUUCCCGAUCGAAGCCUAUAUCGACGUUUGAGUUUUUCGAUCAUAGACCCUAACUGCCUUGUGAGCGUCAUCGUCCAAAAUGCUUUUAAAUGUAACCGUUUUUACUGGACUUGAGGGUUCAUCGGGUGUAUAUUUCAAGGGUCCAGGCAAUGAUGGGAAUGGUGCCCUGAAACUCGGGAAAAGUGGAAUAUUUCUCGAUGGAAGCCUAUACUGACGUUUGAGUUUUUCCACCAUAGGUUGGUUCAUAGCUUGUUCUUUGGUCAGUUCCUCGGGCCUAUAUUCCAAGGGUCCUGGCCAUGUUGGGAAUGGUGAUAUGGAAGGACCAGGCUGUUGUUCCGUUCUUGCAAAAUAUGGAAUGGUAGCUGGCUCAGAGGGUGCGACCACUAGAGGCGUACUUGGUAGAAUAGGGGACCUAGGUUGCUCUACGGAAUGGUCGUGAUGUGUUUGGUGCUUCAUUAGUAGUAAAUCAUCCUGAAGCUGUGUGUAUCUGGUGACUUUUUCGCUUUUCCCUAUAUUUUUAUUGUAGAGGGUCUUAUUCAUCUUGUCUUUCAACUCUCUAAUGUGCUGUUCUUCGGGGGAAACUUCCAUGUUUCGAUAAAGAAGAAAUUUUAAGACCUCGUGUUCAAAAUCCUUCUCGUUUUCUGCUUCGAUUGCCGUUUCACCGGGGAGAACGUUUGUACGCAGUCUGCAUUGGUCGCUCGUUGCGGGUUUCAGAUCCACAAAAAGGUACCCAUAAGGUCUUCUAACGGUUUCCAUCCAUGUUUCCAUCUCGGAUGAUCUGUCAUGGAAUUUACAUUGCAACACCAUAUUCAAUAAAGCAAUGAAGUGUCUCUACGGCCUUCGGGUGCUGAAGAAGAGCGGUCUCGCCUCCGAAGACCUAAUCACAGUGUACUGCUCUAAAGUAUGCUUCACUCUUGAGUACGCCUCCUCAGUAUGGGCUGCCCUGCCGAAUUACCUCAGUGAGCUGCUUGAGUCUGCGCAGAGGAAGGCCAUGCGCAUUAUCUUCCCUGGUGUGGCCUACAGGGAUGCCCUACUCCGUACGAGUCUCGAACCACUGUGCACUCGAAGAGAGGUGGCCUGCCACAACUUUGUUCAUAGCUGUAAAGCCCGAGGUCUUCUGUCUGGGAUCUUCAAGAAGCCGGUGGUGACAGACCACAAGUAUAAGCUUAGAUCAGGUUCACAGUCGUGCCACGCCACCCUGGGCAGAACCGAUAGGUUUAACAACUUUAUUACUGUAAAGUAUCAAUAAAUAUUGUGUUGUUAUUA